AUGAGCACCAUAAAAGAUAAUAACGUAAGGUCUAGCACUUUCGUUAAAAUUGCCACCAUUGUCCUUCUAGCAUAUACAAAUCAAACUUGGAAUCAUUCGGACAAAUUUGGAGCAUCGUUGAUUAAGUAUACGAGUGGAAAUGGCGAAUGUGAUUUAAGAACUCAGCGAUUAUUAGGAGGAAGUGGAUCGGGACAAGAAUACUUUGUGGCAAAUCCACUUGAUAAUGGUGAAUUGUACCAUUAUGAUUCUGAUCACAGGUCAAAGUAUAAUAUAAGAGGUGAACACCACAGUCACCACGGUAGUAAUGUAUAUAAACAUGGAAACAGUAAUAAACAUCACACAUCACGAAGUAAAAGAGAAGAGAACAAUAAUGAAGAUAGUGAAGUACUCAGCUUAUCCCAGUUUUAUGUAGAUGAUAAUGAUUGUAAGGACAAUGGUGAAACAAGUUCAUCACGAUGUGAAUCCGAUGAUUAUGAUGAUGUAAUAGAUGUUACGAAAGCAAGGACAUCUAAUUCAAAACACAGAAUAUCAUCCAUGGAUGUCGAGUUACAUCCGGGACAUGAGGAUGGAUGUAUUUCUGAAGGAAGAAAAGGAUCUGAUGGUGAGGUUAAGGAAGCUGACAGUUAUGAUGAACAUGGAAGUUGUGAUGCCUUAGAUGUUUUAGACACAUAUGAGCCAUAUUAUGUGGAAGAAGGAGGAAUUAGGAAGCGCGCUGGUCAUAAGAAAACCAAAAAGGUACUUACUUAUGUUGGUGCAGUUGUAGUAUCUCACCAACUAAUAGCUUUCUGUUUAGCCACGUCUUCUAUUAUUGCAAUACCCUUCACAGCUGCUGCGUGUUUCUUGGGCAGAUUUUUCUACAAUAAACAUAAAGAACAAAAAAAAUAUGAGAGACCUUACUUGAAGUGCAUAAUGUACUAA